UUUUGGCCGACAGCUCUUUGCAGAACGGCUCAGAAGGUGUUCUUCUAUCGUAGCGUGCGAAGGAGAAUCUACCCUUCUGAACCGGCUCAUUGCAAAAAGGACCUUCUAACCAGGAUUUCAACCUAGUUUUACCGGAAAACUAGUCAUGGAGUCCAAGGAACAAUACUACACACCACCGCCAAAACUAGGGAAAUGGGAAGGCUUCAAAAUUUUCCUGUGGAAUUCGGAGACCAACCAGUUUUUGGGCAGGACCGCUGGCAGUUGGGCCAAAAUCCUCCUGUUUUAUCUUCUUUUCUACGCGGGUUUGAUCGGUUUCUUCUCGAUCAUGAUGGCUGUGUUCUACCAAACAUUGGAUGCCAAGACUCCUAAAUACCAAUUGGAUGGGUCGCUCAUUGGAAAUAACCCAGGACUGGGAUUCCGACCCAUGCCCCCUGACUCGCACAUUGAGAGCACACUGAUCUGGUUCAAGCAGACUGACGGCAACACCAAGCACUGGACCAAGGAGCUGGAUGCUUUCCUCAAGCCAUACACGGAGCCGAAAGCUGAAUAUGAUAACAACAGAGUUACAUGUGACUUUGACAACUACCCGCCUGAGGGUAAAGUGUGUAAGGUGGACAUCAGCAAGUGGGCACCCUGUACAAGCAGCGAGGGUUACAGCUACCCUAGUGGGCACCCUUGUAUUUUCCUCAAACUCAACAAGAUCUUCAACUGGAAACCGGAAUACUACAACGACUCCUCCAAUCUUCCUGAAAAAAUGCCAGAGGAACUCAAAAAUCACAUAAGAAGUGAGAACGAGCACAAUAAGAAAGCGUUGAACACAGUGUGGGUAAGCUGUGAAGGAGAGAACCCGGCAGACGUUGAGAACAUUGGUUCGAUCCAGUACAUUCCCCGCCGUGGAUUCCCCGGCUACUUCUUCCCCUACAACAACGUCGAAGGCUAUCUCAGUCCCAUCAUCGCUAUAUGGUUCGAGAAGCCUGCCUCCGGAGUCCUGAUCAACAUCGAGUGUAAGGCCUGGGCACACAAUAUCAUCCACGACCGCGCCGAGCGACGAGGCUCCGUUCACUUCGAGCUGAUGGUCGACUAAACAGCAGUGAGCUAAAGCUCAGUGAGCAAAAGCUCGCCCGCUAGUUCCCAAGCUCAUUAGAACAUAUUUAACGUCGUAUAGUACUUACCUACGUUUCUUUCAUUUCGCCCAAGCAGUAUCGUACUCACACACCGCGUGAUCUAAUUAUCUCGGAAAAUGAAAUUUGAAGCACGAAAAUUAAACUGAAAAUAAUGCUGAAGUCUUGAAAAAUCAGUUACAACACACAGUGAUCAAUGGAAAUGAUGCUGAGAUAUGUAAUUAAAUAAUGUUGAGGUCUCAAAAAUUGAAAAAAUCAGUUACAACACGCUGUGAUUAAUUGAAAUGUUGCAGGAAUAUGCAAUUAAAAUUGAAGUUAAGCACAGAAAUUAGACUAAAACUUAAAAUUACCGUGAGGCUCCUAAAAAUAAACAUAUUGAUGGAAAUAAUUUAUGUAAAACGAUACACAAAAAAUAAAAAGAAGUUAUCACAAAGAAAUUAUUUUCAAUUGAAAUACGGUAAUUCAAAAAAAAAACGAAUAAUGUUACACUAUUUAAAAAUUACGCUUCGCAGCCGACGACUCUUAAAUAUGUUCCAAUAAUUGGAAUUGUUAAAUUGUCUAGAAUUUUAAGUCAAUAUUGGUUGCUAGAGUUGAUGAGAUCUGAGGUAUGGUUUUGAAAUUCUGGCUCAAAUUGAUAAAUUAUACCAAAUUACUUUAUUACAGUGAUUUGGGUUCAUCACAACCUAGUUUUAUACCCAAUUGGGUGUGAUCCACUCUGAUCAAAAAUUUGGGAUUUGAAAUUUGAAUUUUAUUUUUAGAUUUAAAAUUUUGUUCUUGAUUCUUGGAUUCAUUGAAUCAACUAGGAAAUUUCUUUCAAGUGUAGCCCAGGCCUAUUCUCUCAAGGUCCCCUACUUGAGAGAAUAGGCCUAGGCUACACUUGAAAGAAAUUGAAAUCCAAGUAGUUAUUAUUAUGACGGGAAGACUUUUAUCAUUCCAAAAUAAAUCUGACUCUUCAUCUGGUGGAAAAUCAGUGGCUCUUGUGUACCACUAGACUACUAUUUAUAGUGAAUUAAAAAGGAACUUCAGCCAUGUUCAAAUUAUAUCGUUCUUAGAUCUAUCUAGUCAUGAUGUUGAAUGUAAUUUCUGAACAAACGAUUACCAGGAUGCUUAAAAGCUGCCAUUAAUUUAGAUGUGUUCUGUUCCGAGAGAAAAAUUGUACUAGAAGGGCGACUGAGUCCAGUAAUUCCAAGAAACUAUCAAGCACCAGUAUAAAGUGCUUCAUUAAAGUAGAAGAUAUGUGAUAGAUAUUUUCGUUUUAACACUAAAUAUUAAAUCUUUACAAUACUAAUUUGUUAUAUUUAGAAUAUAUAAAUAGUUAUAAGCACAUGUGCUAUUAAAUAGCGAGUGUGGAAUUGAGGUAUUUUAUGUUCUUUCACUGUAAAUAAUAAUUUAAAACAUAGGUAAUGUAUGUGUAGUUAAUAAUGUAUUUUAUUCAACAGCCUUUCAUUUCAGCAGCUGUUACUCACAAAAUUAUUGAAACAAGUUACAUAUUUAAAGACUAUUUCAUUGAAACACCAUACCUUCAGAUAAUUACUAUCAUGCUUCUGUAAAACGAAUACUCUGUAGAUUAGAAUAAUACUAUCACAAAAUGACUUAUCAGUUGAAUGAUCAAAACUAUCUUAACUAGUCGUAUCUAUAACAAAGGAAUUAAAACAUAGGAAUAAUAGUUUUGAAACAUAGGCAAAAGAAGUACAGUAGUUUUCACAUGGCUGUAAACAUUAUUUUAGUUGGCAGCAAUUUGAUGAUUUAUCAAAACUGAUUGCAGUACUUGAUUGUAAACAUCUUAAAAUGUAAUGAGUCAUAUUGAGAAUUGAUAUCAGUUAAUUAUUGUCCAGCGUCUAUCGAAGUCCUAUAAUAUUAUGCUAAAAUUGGACAAUGAACUUUCAACUCCAUUCUACUUUCGACUCUAACGGUCUGUGGUUAUUUGAAAUUCAAAUAGCUUAUUUAUUGGAUUGAGAUUGUUAUAGGCAUAUGAAAUUAGCCUAAUCCUAAAUUAGCAUACCUUGUAGCCUAUUUGGGAUAUAGUUUCAACUCUUUAAUCAGACAGUAAGAUAAAAUUAUAAAUUUUCUAGGUACAUUUGAUUGAUAAAUUUGACGGUUUUGUAACACAGAAAGACCAGUCGGCAUUUCAAUAAUAAAUAUACUGCAGAUUCAAAAUUUCAGGAUAAUUUUAUCUUGAAAUAUACAUAGCAAACUGUAGCAUAAAUUGCAUAGUAUAAUUAUAUUGCAGUAAAUAUACUCAUCCUCAUAGUUUCAUCUCAAAAUUCACACUAUUAAUCUGGAAAAUGAGACUUUUGAUAGUGAAUAAAAUUAAAAUAAAGCCGAUUUCAAUUUUUUUAUCGAAUCACCAAGAUACGCGCAUGUUACUUUGUGAAACGUGGCAUACUGAAGAAUUGAAAUCCUUAUUAUACUUCAUUCAAUAGAAGAUGAAAUUGUAAUAGCCUAGAUUGAAUUAUUGGAGAACAUCGGAAGUUUCUCUUUCAGUGUUUAUCAUAAUAUUAUUCAAAGUGAAAUACAAAAAUAUUCUUAGAGCAAGUGGUGAAGAAAUUCGAAAAGCUUUAGAUUUUUUUACUUUAAGUAUUGUACCAGUAUUUCUCAAGUAUUUUAGAUACUAUCUCACCUAAUAGGAAUUUGUGUUUAAAACUAUUUUUUAAUUGAAAAGUUAUUUAUGUUUGUGAUUAAAAUUAAUUGAUUACUGUAUUAAUUAUAAUAAUAAUAUAUAGUACCUAUGCUAUGUAAUUGAUGAACUCUGUGUAAUUUGAAGAUUACAUAGAUCAAUAAUUUAAAAAUAUAAGUUGAUGUAGUUAAAUCCUGCUAUAAUAGUAUUCAUAUUUGAAAUAUUGUUGUGGUAGAAGUGCGAUAAGAGUUGAUUUGGAAAAUUUGAAGAAUAGCUGAAUAAGAUUUCAGAUAAUAUAUUUAUGUGGAGAAGGUUUUGGAAGUGCUAUAUAUGAGAAGAAAUUGAGAAGAAUGAAGAAUUCAUAAGUAACUGAAUUUAUUACCUUUCCGGAAGCCAUGUGUAACGGAUUUAUCCACUCAAUCACACGAUCAGUCGCGUGUUGUAAUUUUUACAACAUCCUAUUUUUCAUGUGUUAUGUACUCUGUUUACUGCCAAAACAUAUUGAAUAAUGGUAUAAUUAAUAUUUCCAUCUCAUUGGAUUAUUUGACAACUAUGAGAAUUUGCAUGAUUACCUUUUCGUAGCCCAAUAAGGUACACCAAGCAUAGCCAACUAUUCUGUGUUAUUGGUUCGUUGGCAGUCUCUUUCCCUAUCAUAUGCACUGACGCGACUAAAUGGAACCAUUGCUCGGUUGAUACUGCAACUCAGUGCAGUGAUGGGGAGAAAGUUUUGGAAUGCAUUGGUGACUCAUUCACUGACACCACCCCAUUCAAUAGUUUUGUGCAGUAAAAAAGUGACACUGUUGUACUUUUCACAACAGCGCGACUGCUGGAAGGUUAAUUAGUUGAAAAAUUAUUAAUCAAGAAGGAUUUUGAAUUGAGAAAAGAUUUUUGCAAUGGUAAAAAUGGGUUGAAAGUGAUAAAAAUUAUGGAAAACUGUUAAAAUAGGUGGUAGGAGGAAUUUGAAGGCUAUAAUGUAAUAAGGAGAGUCAAGGAUACUGUAUGGUACCUUAAUCAAAACCUUGAAGGGCUGCAUAUAGAAUGCCACACUUGGCAGAAGAGAGAAUGUUUGAAAUGAUUCUGGCUCAAUAUCCAUCUUCAAAUGACCAAAAGCUCCAGUAGAAGAUUGAUGUGUAUCUCUGCUAGCAUUAUGGAUAUAAUCAAUUCAAAUUGAGAGUAGUACACAGCUUGAUUACAAUUAUAUUGAAAGUAGAGCGCCAUCUGUUGAGGCUAGUUUAGUGUACCAUACACACUGGUUUGAAGAACUUCUAGUGCCACAAUAGUAUUUCAUUGUUGUUUUCACAUGUAUUGUUUGUAAAGUUGGGUUCUUAAAUAAAUCUUAUUGAUUGUUUAACCA